AUGCGUCGUUGUUUUCGCCUUCUGACACCCACCCUCAUGGAUCUGAUUCAUCGCCUGGAUUCUUUUGAAAAGGAGGUUAUUGAGUUAAAGGCGUUCAGGCAGGCUGUUGAGACAGCUUCCCCAGAUGUUGCUGCUGCAGCUGAGGUCCUGGCAAAGCAACGCCGAGGGGCUGCUCGGCAAAUUGAUGUGGUCGUGGAAAAUCCUUUGACUGCGGAGGAAUUUGUUGAGUUGAAUCAGUUUUAUGCCCUUCAGAUGACUCAGAAUUUGCCGCUUCGGAAUAUGGUGCACAUAAGGAGUUUUGAGGAUCUCUGCGCACAUGCAAAGGUGAUUCAUCGCGAGUACCUUGUUCGUGUGGCUCAACGAGCGCGUGCCCUUACUCAUGCUCCUGUUGGUUUGUCUCAGAUGCCUUCCAUUCAGGAGCUCCGUCGAUGGUAUGAAUGGAGUUUCCACGACGUCAAGAGCACGAAACCACCCGUUGAUCUCGAGAGUGCGCUCAACUUUGACUCAUUUAUCCGGCGUGUUUUCCUUCGACAUUAUAACGUGAGUAGUCUCUUAAGUGAGGGCAUGCAUGAGCUUGGAGAACGUGAGAGAUGGACCGAGUGCUCUUUUUCAGACAAAAAACUAUUGGCCGCAAUCGAAGAGUUGCAGGAUUUUUUCGAUGAGUUCUGCAUGGGGCGUGUACGGCUACGUUUUAUUGUUGGCAAUUACAUGUAUCUGUCAACGCGCAUUUUGCAAUUAGAACCGAAAGAUUCCGAGAAGUUGACAGUUCCGCUCUUUUUUGAUCACAAUCCAGACGCCUUUGUUGGUCAGAUAUGUCGCGAGUGCUCGCUUGUAAAGGUAUUGAAAUGUGCAAUUCGUUCAGCAAGCGAUAUGUAUGAAGAUUCGGGAAUUGAACUGAGGGUUGCAGGUGAUCCGAAUCUGACCUUUACAGGCAUACCAUACAUGUUGUAUGAUAUUGUGUCCGCCAUGAUCGAUGAUGCUGUUCAGGCGAAUCUUGUGCGACAGGAAAAAUUUGGCACUCCUUGUGCACCUGUCCAUGUUACCCUUUCUCAGCGGGAGGGUAAUGAAGAGUUUUCUGUUCGCGUAUCAGAUACAGCUGGUGGCAUGCCUCUAGAAGAAGUGAAACAUGUCUUGAGGUAUUGGUCUUCUUACAAAGCUGCAGAGAGUGUGUUGAAGGAGGCGGACACAUGGACACACAGCCCUAUACGGAUGGCUUAUGCCUACUGUGCCGCAAAAGCAAUAGAUGGCGAUAUCUCUGUUGUUUCCAUUGAUGGUUACGGUACCGAUCGCAUCUUGCAUAUACCAUCUACGGGAAUUGAAGGUAUACAUAUUUAG